AUGGGUUGCCAGCAGGAAGGAAGCGGGGCCAAACAGAUGCGCGUCGUUACCGACAACAUAGCGGUGGCGCUGCCGGACGGCCAACCGACCUCUUCGCUUCCUUUCCGGUUAAGCAGAAAAAAACAGACCAUUCAUGACUGUCCCCGCCUGUGCAACGUCGACGACUGCCACGCCAAGUGCUGCAAGGCCGGGUUGGUGGCGGCGGCCAAAGCCGGCGGCGGGUGGAGCUGCGCCGAGGACGCCCGAGGCUACUGGUCGCCCGCCAACUCCUCCUUCGCCCGCUUCUUCGACAAGGAGACGCCGUUCCACAACAGUGGCUCGCGAUGUUUUGAAUGGCCAGUUGUCCCUGUGCAACGCUAUCGCCUGUCGCCCGAGGACCCGUGGGUGCCCCAGUUGCUGCAGCGCCGCAUCCACCACUUCCUCUUCUCGUCGUGGGACACGUGCGUGGACUGCGCAGCUGGCCGACAACACGCCCUCGGCGAGACGCUCGUUCUACUUGCGAGUAUUCGCGCAUCACCGGGCGCUUUACUGGCUGCUGCGCGCCCCUAUGGCUUUCGUCUCCGUGCGCUGGCUGCGACGGCGCCUCGCCGCCGUCGCGUGCAACAGUGGCAGCGCUACGAGAAGGCGCCACGGCUGUGCCUGGCCUGUUCACGCCGCCUGCUUGCUGGCUUCAACCUGGGGCAGUGGGCCUACUACAUGACUCUUCAGCGAACGAGAUAG